AUGUCUCAAUUUGUAUUCAGUGCAUUUGAUCCGCCCUCUCUUGUGAUGCCUACACCCUCAGCCGCCCUCAACUCUCAAAAUUCCCAUGACGCAACUCAUGCACUGUCCAAUGGGCGUUCCGCGGAGAUCUUCAAGUUCCAGACGGGCAAUCCAACAGUGAAGUAUGGCUCAUAUGAAGCUGAUGUUGCAUCGGGGCAAUACACAUUGUGCUGGGGCACAGUAGCUGAACUGGAGGAAUGGAUCAAAGCAGAGGAGCGGAAACUCUGCGUCAAUCUUCCCCUCAAAGAAGUUGUCCGGAACAAGAACAAACAGAAUCACGAGUGGAUUCAGAAGAGGGUGUACACUUGCGGCAGAAUGCCGACAGGGGGUAAGAAAAUAGAUGAUAAGAAAUUCCCAGACCAACAACGGAGAAUCGAAACCAAGCGGUUGUACUGCCCAUGUCGGUUGGUUGCAAAACAAUAUCCUCACACAACGAUCAUCCUUGGGCGUUAUGAAGCUGACCAUUCACAUCCUACGGGCCCGAGAAACCUCAUCUACACGUGUAUACCUGACGAGGCACGCGUACUCAUCAAGCAUCUGCUGCGAGAUGGGAUGCAGCCACACCUUGUUUUGUCACAGAAAAUCGAAGCAGAAAGUAUCCGCCUCAACCAACAUGAUGGUCUCUCUAUCCUCGAAUGGGUCGAGCAUCUGAAGACAAUUGAUGCUCUCUUAUUUUUCAAAGCAAGCUGUGAUCUUUCACCGCCCGAUUCUUGUCUCGACGCCGAUACAUUUGUUCUCGGAAUCCAAACUCCAUACCAGAAGAAAUGCUUCCGGGUAUGGGGCCAUGACUAUGCUGGAAUAGAUGCUACACACAACACAACAGUCUACUACGGUGCGCUUCUUUUCACUAUCGUUGUCCGUGAUCGACACGGCCAUGGCUUUCCGGUUGCCUGGAUGCUCUCGUCAAAUGGCAAAGCGGACACUAUCCGCUACUUUCUCGUGCAUCUUCGGAAGCAAAACCCAGACGUCAUACCGCGUCGCUUCAUGUCAGAUAUGGACACUGCUCAGCUCAGAACGCUUGCCAAGCUCUACCUGGAAACGCUGAUCCUGCUCUGCUGGUGGCAUGUCCUCCAUGCUUGGCAGCAGCAUUUCAAUAUUCAUGCCUACGAGGAGCUGUGGAAAAAACUGGAGGGCUGGAUUUGCAUCACGGACAAGACAAAAUUCUGGGACUGCUGGGAGGAAAUCAAGAUGAUAGCACCGGUGAGCGUUGUACUUUAUCUGGAGAGUAAUUAUCUCGAUGAGAAGACCCUUCGCAUGUGGUCAGCCAUCUAUCGUCAAGAUCGUUCCAUUUUCGAGAUCAGCGACACGAAUAUGCUUGUGGAAGCAUGGCACCAUCUCUUGAAAUCAUUUCACGUGGGCGGCAAGCAAAACCGACGUGCAGAUGCACUCAUCCACAUCCUGCUGAAUGUGGCACUGCCGCACUUCAUAGCACGCCAUCGCGCUCAACAAUUCGGAUUUGAAGGGCCGGAUCUCGCUCUUCGCGCAAGGAACGACAUUCACAUAAUGGCCGUACAGAUCAAGGACGACCAAAUCUUGGAAGUCGAAUCGGACACCACUUUCCUCGUUCACUCACAAUCCACGCCCGACAAAUCAUACACAGUGAACCUGGAACACUACACUUGCACCUGUCCCUCGUUCCCGCUUAUACCCUUCUGCAAGCACAUCUGUGCUGUCGAGCUGAAAUUUCCUGAUGUUGUGGUUCCUUGA